GGCUAAAGGAGCUCAGAGGCUGUAAUCCCCGGAUGAAACCAUCAUGGCUGCCACUCGCUGAGCUGUCAAGCUCACCACAAAAGAAAAGAAACCUGAAAAGAAAGCCAUGGAUUCUGUGGAUAUUUGUGCAGCCACAUCCACGGGAGAUAAUAAACGGCGCGUCAACAAGAAGAAUAGAAACUGGCACAAACGGCUCCACCUCAGGAAGAGCGUCGUACAGCCCCCAGCUAUGCAAAGCGAAGAUAAGAAUGGACCAAAGAAGAUAGCAGAGGAGUGGGAGCAGACCACAGUGUGGCCUUCAUCAAAGAAGCCUCACCAGGAAGUACAGCAGAGUCAGUGCAUGACAAAUGACAGCGGAAAGACACUCAGGUUCACGUGUUCUCAAUGCAAGGACAACUUGGAAUAUGUACCAAAAGACUUAGUGAGACACUUUGAGGAAAAACACAGAGGGAACCCACCAGCUUUUCCCUGUUAUAUGUGUACCUUUACUACACAUGAGUUCUCCUACCUUCAGGUUCAUUUAUUACGCCACAAGGACACAUUUUCUAGCUGCAGCUUGUGCAAUGACAACAUUCAACGCACAUGGCCUGAAUUCAAUGCACAUUUAGCAAAGUAUCACUGCCCAAAUGGCAAAUAUUCAUGUGAAAUUUGCCAGAAAUUUUCCACAGGUGACGUUAGAGUGUUUUUAGAGCACAUUUAUGGACAUACUUUUGAUCUGAAAGAAGCUGAUGAUCAGCCGCUGCUCAGAAAGGACAAGAAUCAGCUGUCAUCCACUCAGAUUUCACGUUGUCAGUACUGUGGCUUUGAAGCGUCUCGGAAGUGGUUGAUUACGAAGCAUGUUAAAGCUGUCCACGUCUGCCAGAAUGGUAGCCAGAAAAGAGAGAAGAGGGGAAUUCAUGCCAUAGCAAUAAAACCAAACGAGUCAAUCCCCACAAUGAACUCCAGAUUAACAAGAAGUGCAGUGAAGGGUAUGUGCUGGCUAACGCAGGACUGCCUUUCCCUGCCAGGGAGAGAAUUCCUGGAUAAAUACUGCCAUCUUUCUGAUCCAAAAACAACACUAGAGGAGACUCAGCAGUUCUUGAUGAACUCUGUUGCCGGGGAAACCGAUGACCAGAAAUGGACCAAGGCUCUUAAAACUGUUUUGUCAAACGUUCCUCAAGAUGUGAAUCUUCACCCGAAACUGGAAAAUGGCAUUGUGUCAAACCCAUCGGAUCUUGCUGUCCUUACGGUCAAGAACAAGAUAACUGUAGCCCAGAAUGGUGCUACUUAUGCCAAAAGGUUAAAAGUGAUGACAUCCACCGAAAAGAGAAGCGCUUGUCCUGAAAGUUCAGCUAGUGAUGCUCAGUGUGCAGGAGACCAGAGAGGAUGCGAGUCAAAUUUAAAAGAUGUAACACCUUGUCUGCAGGAUGAAAGCAAACUCCAUAAUGACAUCUCAAUAUCUGUCCACAACGAGCCGUCUCGGUGCACUGGAAUGCAGGAAAACAGAGAAAACCAGGAAAUAAAGCAUGAUCAGGAAGCUGAGGAUCAAAGUGAAAAACUGGAGCGGCCUACAAAUAGAGAUGGGCUGCACGUCACCUGUGAUACGAAGCUGACAAAUGAGGGGGAAGAGAAGAUGUCCGUACGUCGAGCCUUGCCGAGGCGUAAGACGCAAAAUCAGUGGCGGAAAAGAAGGAGCAGAUUUAAAAAAGCGGGAAAAAAAUCAAAAGGGCAGACUUUAAAGAUGGUUCUGAAGAAGAAUCCAGUGAAAGUGAAGCAGUUUGUUUCACAAAGCCCUUUAUCUCCAUGUGGAGGUGGUGUGAUAGAUGGCCAUCCUGGACUCCCAUCUCCACGUAGAGCAGAGGAGGAGACGGUACAGAUUCUACAUAAUAAGCAGCUGGGAGAAAAGACCUGGACCAAGGGCUCCACCGCAGACCCUUUUGACCCGUCUAAAGCCAUAACUUCAAUUCUACAACCAGAGCCGGGGGAAGAACUUGCUCGCACAUGCUCUGUGAAGCCAGCAGCGCUGGAAGAUGCGACUGGAAAUGUACAGGUCAUUCUCAAAGACCAAGAAAUGCAAGCUGACGCAGAGAAGUUGCGGUGUUUCUUGGAAGCUGGAGCUGAACAGAGAUCAGCAGGUGGAACGAGCCAGACAGACCCGAGUCCUGCAUCACUGGCUGAGAAAGGGACGUCCCACGACACUGAGCAGCUCCAGAAAUCCCUCAGUGGUGCUGAUUGUUGUGUUUCAGAUGAGAAGGGUCCAGCUGUGGAUAGAGUGACUCAUCAUGGCGGCAGGUCUUCCCCUGUUUCUCCACCACAGGGUGAGAUGAAUGAGAAAGAUUCCUGCCUUGAACCUAUUGCACAUCAGAGUGAUCAGAUUAUUGAAGGGACAAGUAACGGAAAACCGGCCGCAAAUUCCGGUCCUGAUCUCCUCAGCAGCAUAUAUUUACCCCCAGGUAAAGCCAUCCAGCAGGAGUCCUCACCCGCCUCUGGGCAUCGGUGGCAGCCGGCCCCAAAACACCAGGAGAGGAUCCUGAAGCUAGUAGCCAUAAACCCCUCUCAGCUGGUAAAGCGUCCAGCGGGAGACCAGCCUGUCGUGGUGCUUAAUCAUCCAGAUGCCGACAUCCCCCAGGUGGCUCGGAUCAUGGAGAUCGUCAACAGGCACAGAGAGGUGCAGAAAGUCGUCCUGUCCCGCAGGACUCUGAACGCCCUCUCAGCUUUAAACGACGAGGUACCUGAAACAGACGAGCCGACUGAUUCCCCUGCUGAGCAGGGUAAUCCAUCUGUACAGGAGAGGUUUACGUUGAGGCUGAAAUUUCGCAGGUUGAACAGGAAAAAGUACGAAAUCGUGGGUGCAGUCUCCCCCUCCAGGGAUUUUGUGUCUAAGUUUCCCUGCUGGUUUUGCGGCAGGGUCUUCACGAGUCAGGAAACGAUGAUGGCCCAUCGGCAGCGACAUCUGAUGGAGUGGAAAAGCCCAAACUGUGAAAACUCAUAAAUGUCGUGCACACUGGAUGAAAGUUAUAACCUGGAAAAUGGACUCUUUGCAAUAAAAACAGAGCAAUAAUGGAAGCAUUUAUAUUUUUUAAAGUCUUAAUUGUGAUUUAGUUUUGAGAAGAAUCAAAUUUGUUUUACUUCUGGAGCGUUCACAUUCUCAGGAUAAAUAAACAUUUACUUUUUGUCUCUUCCAGUCUGAGUAGCUUGAUGCAAACUCUAUUGAUGAGUAACUAUUUGUAAAGCCACAAGAAUGGGGUGUUAAUAAUUUGGUUUUGUUUGUGUUUUGUCUGCGCAAUAGCUUUAUUUAAGGUGAUUUAAGUACACUGUCAUAUGAAAUCUUAUAGAACACUGUAAUAUGUAUAUUUGCCAUACCAUUUCACUUAUGGAUCAGUUUAUGUACGGGUAGGAUACACAGUGGUAGUUGUCAUAUUUAUGUUUUUUUUUUCUUUUUAAUGGGACGCAAAGACCCACAAUUUACUCAGAUAUACCAAAACUGUUUAAAAAAAAAGAAAAAAAGUGUUUUAUUCAAUAUUAUUUAUGACGCUUAGGUUCAUCCUUUAUAUGCUUCCUUUAUGCUUCUUUUUUGGGGGGGGUGCUGUUAAGAGGAAUCGGUGUACUAGUAGAUUCUUUUGUAUGAACUCCAAAAUAUGUUCAGAACAUGUAUAUUAACUGUGAGAGUUAUAUUUGCAUUGCAUUAAUUGAAUGGAAGCCAACACGAGUUGUAAGAAAUCGAAUCGAAGCCUGUGUUUUGUAAUAAUCUAAACUGAUAAAAUUUAAGAAAUCUGGAUUUAGAAAUUUUAGAUUUUUUUUUUUAAACCCUCCCUCUUUCCCUCUGUGGGUUUCUUUUUUUGACUUGAAGUGAUAAUCUUAUCUUUAAUUGCACUAUGAAAGGAGGAUUUAUAUUUCCCGUUACCUCACCUUGCCAGGCCUUCGCCUACAAUGACAAUCUUAACCAGUGUCCUAUUGUGGCUUGACAUUUCCUUGUGCAGCCAUGAUCCCUCAGUAUUCACAAAAAGGGACCUCUGGCUCGUUUGUGUGUGUGUGUGUGUGUGUGAGAUUACGUGUGAGAGAGAGCUAGACAGUCAAGGACCAUUGGGCAGAUACCUAAACUGUACACAAAUCCGUGUUUCUGGAGGGUCAGUAAUACUUUUUCAGUUUGGAUAAAGGAUUUAUAUUUGUACAUAGUCCCUUUAGAGGUACUGUAAACUUACCUGAGAAUUUUCACUAAGUGCCUGGUAAUUAUGCAACAAAUGUGCAUGAGUAUGAUAGCAUUACUUAUUAAACAGAUAAUAAAUAAAACAUUUUGUUCUGGUGGCAUCUUGUGACUGAAAACAUGAGCAGGUUUAACUCAAGAGGUUUAUUAAAACGAAAUGUACAAUUUUGUAUUUUUGUGCUCCCUGAUGUUUUAAACAAAAAAAGGUAUCCCUGCUUCUUUCUGCUGCAACAACACUUGUCUCAUUCCUUGCAUUGCUUUUAAUACACUGUUUACUGACUUGGAGAAAAAAAAACUUAAUAAAAACAUGAAUUAAAGUC